ACUAGAAUGAGCAUGCAUGGGUUUAGGCGCCAAAUUUAGUGAGUCCGUUGCGUGUGGGUUGAAGGUUGCGCUGCAAAAAUGGUCAGACUCCUUAGUAUCCAUCAAGUGGGAUUAACUAUGAGGUCCGUUUCCAGAGGACUGUCAGUUUCUGCUCAUCGUCUUAGGGCUGAUGUUGUUGUCAUUGGAUCGGGUCCGGGUGGCUAUGUUGCCUCCAUUAAAGCUGCACAAUUGGGUUUGAAGACGGUAUGUGUAGAAAAGAACGACACUUUGGGCGGUACUUGCUUAAAUGUUGGUUGUAUUCCCAGCAAAUCGUUGUUGAAUAAUUCUCAUUUAUAUCAACUCGUCAAUUCUCCAGAGAUCCAACACCGUGGAAUUGAUAUCGGAAGUUUAAAGCUUAACCUACCUGCUAUGUUGAGAGCUAAAGAAAAAGCCGUUUCAAGUCUAACUGGUGGGAUAGCAUACCUAUUUAAGCAAAAUAAGGUUGAUCAUGUAAAUGGUUUUGGUUCGAUAGUUAACCCCAACGAAGUUUUGGUCAAAAAAGCUGACGGAAGUGAAGAACGGAUUGCAACUGAACGUAUUCUUAUUGCAACAGGCAGCGAAGUCACUCCAUUCCCUGGGAUCGAUAUCGAUGAACAGUCUAUCGUAUCAAGCACUGGCGCGUUGUCGUUAACCAAGGUCCCUCAACAUCUUAUAGUUAUCGGGGCUGGAGUUAUCGGUGUCGAAUUAAGUUCUGUAUGGAAGCGAUUAGGUGCUGAAGUCACUUGUGUGGAAUUCCUUGGCCAUGUAGGGGGUAUGGGCAUCGAUAUGGAAAUAAGCAAGAGCUUUCAGAAAAUCUUGACUAAACAGGGUCUCAAAUUCCUUUUAAAUACUAAAGUUUUGUCAGCGUCAAAAUCUGGUGACACCAUUACAGUACAGUUAGAAGGUGUAAAAGAUGGUAAAUCUCAAAGUAUUAGCUGUGACACCCUUUUAGUAUGUAUAGGAAGGCGUCCUUACACCAGUGGCCUUGGUUUAGAAAAUGUUGGAAUCAGAUUGGACGAGAAAGGUCGAAUUCCCGUUAAUAAAAACUUUCAGACAUCUGUCCCAAAUAUUUAUGCUAUCGGUGACUGUGUACCUGGUCCAAUGUUAGCACACAAAGCUGAAGACGAAGGAAUAAUUUGUGUUGAAGGAAUGCUUGGUGGUGCUGUACACAUUGAUUAUGACUGUGUCCCUAGAGUUAUCUAUACUCAUCCUGAAUGUGCUUGGGUUGGUAAAACUGAAGAACAAUGCAAAGCAGAAAACAUUCCAUACAAAGUAGGCAAAUUUCCAAUGUCUGCAAAUUCACGAGCUAAAACUAAUGAUGAAACUGAAGGACUUUUCAAGGCUUUAGCCCACAAAGACACAGACAGACUUCUCGGAGUACACUUACUUGGUCCAUCUGCUGGUGAACUGAUCAACGAAGCAGCAUUAGCUAUGGAGUAUGGCGCUUCAGCUGAAGAUGUUGCACGUGUCUCUCAUGCCCAUCCGACGGUGUCUGAAGCUCUGCGUGAAUCUUGUCUCUCUGCAUUCUGUGGCAAAGCUAUCAAUUUCUCAUAGCAUCCAAUAGGCAAUUAAUCAACCUAUCGUAUAUAUAUAGGUUAAUACAAUAUGGAAGAAGAUGGUUGUUUUUUUACUACAUAAUACUCUUUCUACUGAUAAAUUUCAUUUAAUUCCAAUUGGCUUUUAUAUCUUAUAGUCAGGUUGGUAACUACUGUUCUGAGGUGACUUUCCUCUAAACACCUCAUUCUUUUCUGUUAUUUUUGUUUGUUUGUUUGUUUAUCCCUCUGUGUUUUAACUGAUAGUUUAUUUGAUUAGAUUCAUUUUAUUUAGCAUGUAUGUAAAGCAGAAUUUUCCUCUUUUAAAGAACAAUAAAGUAGUUAUUAUAAUGAAUAUACUUAAGUAUCAAAUGUUAUUCGCCUUUAAAUUCUUAAUAUAACUAUAAAAUUAUUUAUUAAAAACUUAAAACACUAAUGUAUGUGCAGUAUUUUACGAAACAGAUAGGUCGAAACAACAAUCUGAAAUCUUAUACAUUUUUAAAAUUUUUAUAUUUAAUAAACAUAAUUUUUAGUACAACUGGUCAACAAAUAGAGCGUGAGCCACACGAAUGGAAAUAACAUUGUGAAGAAGUGAAGAACAAUGAAGGAGUACAGUCAAAGACAUAGGUGAGAAAAAUAGUAUACAACAAGAGAUGUAAUUUAGUUAAAC